AUUUACAAGAAAUAAAUGAAUCGUUACCAAGAUUGUUUCCGCUUUCGUCCUUAAUUCUUGUAAAAAUGUGGUUGAGUAGUGGAGUUUAAGUUAUAAACGCACGUGUUUAACGUGCAUAUCGUGUGAAAAAAUGUAUAUCUGUAGAACGCUAGAAGCCAUUUUUGCUAUAUUUAUUUUAUGUGUUCAUUGUGAUAGUGCAGCUAAUUACAACGAAAUUACGAAGAUUUAUGUUCCGUCCGCGCCUCAAAACCUAACAGCGAACAGAGUCACAGCCGAAGAAAUCCAUCUAUCAUGGGCCCCGCCUCUAACCUUUCUUGCAAUCACCUUGCCCAACCAUAGCGGGCAAACAACCACCGAAAAAGACCUUACCGUCAUAUCAAAAACACAACCACAAUCUGACCAACCCAGCAAAGAUAAUAAUGAAAUGAUAUCAGACGCACCGCUACAAGAGUUCGACUAUACAUGGUACCGAAGCGACCAGCCGAAAUUCGAUGACCUCAUCAACAAUGAUAAUUACCGUAAUAAGAGGGAGCUAAGAUCUCACAGACACAGAAAGAGACGGCAAAACAACGCUACUGAUACUAAGAUUCAUUUAGAGAAGAGUGCAGAAGAUAUUGAGGCGUAUCAGGCGAUUGAUAUGCCUAUAGAAGUUGUUAAAAAGUCGCAUAAUUCUAUUAUACCAGUGAAAAAUCCUACUCAGAUUGCAUACGUUUUGUAUUAUGAGCAAGGAGUUCCAAGAUCUGACACUUCGACGAUUGUUGGUGUGCAAAGUUCGGCUGAUGUGAAAAAGAAGAAUGUAUUUUCGAGCGAUUUGGGAAUGGAACACUAUUCUAGAGCGACUAAGAAUCUGACAUUGUUAAAUACUUCUGGUGUUUUGACUAAGGUGGUUGGGUUCCGGUUGAGGAAUUUGAAGCCAUUCACCCCGUACAAGAUCUGGGUCCGUGCGUUUUACAACUUUUCACUUGAAGGUGUGAAAUCUUCGGACCUGGUCGACCGUCUCGGUGCGCCGUCAGAAGCUCUAUACGUGUUGACUGACGUCAAACCGCCAAGCGCGCCGAUUAUACUUAACCUCACUUGCGAUCAGCCUAAAGGCAUUCUCUUUCUUCAAUGGCGCCAACCACUCCAGUACAAUAAUUCUAUAGACCAGUACAUAGUGACGCUGCGGAAGAUUCCAGAACUUCAGCCCAGAACAAGACUCACGCUGCCCACCAAUAAAAACGAUAUCGAGACCACAAUAAUGGUGACUGUGAAUCUAUCUAACGUGACUCAGUACGAGGUGAGGAUUUACGCUGUCACGCUGUCAGUCGCACGGAACAACGUAUCUAUCAACGGCUCUGAAGCUCCGCCGGAGGAAGUUUCGAGCGAGUUAUGUGCCGCGCAGUCGUCACCGCUGACGCCGGGUGAUAUGCGCGCGGCAGCCCGCGGCGUCAGCACCGCAGCGCUCUUGGCUGUGCUGCCACUCGCCUUGCUAGCUGCUGUGGUAGUUGUGAUCGUGUAUUGGAGGUACGCGAGCUCGCUGGCCAUCGCCUCCGCUCACCCCAGUCGCGCACAGCUGAAAAGAGUCCGCUACUCAUCCUCGCACCACCUAGCUACCUCGCACAUUUCUGAAAGACUUGUAAGUCCUCAUCUCGCACUAGACCAAUCUGGAGUAAUCGUUCACGAUCACUCGCGCGUGUGCGUGUCUGCGGGUGCGCGUUGCGGCGCGGCGGGCUGCGUCGGCGCGGGCCGCGGCGCCGCCUGCGACUACGUCAACGCCAACUUCAUCGACGGCAUGCUGCCGCACGUCACGCCCAACGUCGUGCGCAGGAUUCGGAGGAAGCUCGACAAGAAAAACCGCCCUCACAGACAACCGUCAAUAAAACCAUCAAAGCCACCUCCUAACCUGGCCGAAGGUAUCGAAUCGGCCUUCCUCAACAUCGAAUUUUCCGGCAUCGUGGAGUCUGACGAGCAAAAUGAAGAUUCUGACAGUGAGAGGAGCGAUGAAGACACUGAGUUGGAUGACGUUUAUGUUGAUAUCGAUGGCGAGAAAACUAGAGUGAAACUGGAAUGGCUGGUUUGGCGAAGGCGGUACAUCGCUACGCAAGGCCCGACACCGGCCACACUCGACGCCUUCUGGCGUAUGAUCUGGCAACAUCGCGUGCACACUGUCGUUAUGAUCACCAACCUCGUGGAGCGCGGCAGGCGCAAAUGCGACAUGUAUUGGCCGGACGGCGGGCGCGGUAGCUCCGCGGACUUCGGCGGCGUACACGUCACGCUGGUGCACGAGGACGUGCGCGCCGCGUAUACAGUCAGACACAUGCGCGUGCGCAGCCUCAAGGAUAGCAUCUCGCCGCCGCCCAGAAACGGGGACAGUGAUUCGUCAAGCCCGAGCAGCUCCGAGGGCGAUGACAUGGGUCGUUCAGUGGUGCAGUACCAUUACACGGUGUGGCCGGACCAUGGCACGCCGCGGCACCCGCUCGCUGUGCUGCCCUUCGUACGUGCGGCUUCUGCUGACGCUGGCACAGUACUUGUACACUGCAGCGCUGGCGUAGGCCGAACUGGCACCUAUAUAGUUCUUGACGCACAACUGAAUCAACUCAAGUUGACUGGCACUCUUUCUCCCCUUGGCUUCCUUUGUCGCGCUCGGACGCAAAGAAACCACCUCGUACAGACAGAAGAACAGUACGUCUUUGUCCACGACGCUUUAUUAGAACAUGUCCGAUCUGGUAACACUGAAGUCGAAUUCCCUAAAGCGAGAGAAUACCUAUCGAAGCUUCUCGAACCAAUUACGGAAGAGGAGUUAGCGGUUCUCGAUUUAAAUCCUCAGAAAAACAAAAGUGUCAUUGACCUUACGACCGUUAAUGGAAACGGAACCGAGAAUGGUGACACGAUCAGUAUUAAAAGUCAGAGUGAAAAAGAAAUUGUUGAGAAUGGUAGUCAAGUAUCGAUCAAAACGGAGGACUUGAACGGGAGCAAGUCCUCUUUAAGGGAGGAGGAUAGUGAAGUCAAAGAGGGAGUAAAUGGCAUUAAUGGGGAGGAGUCUGAAGGAGUCUACGAUCUUGCGCCGAGGUCUACCGAUACGUAUAGCAAGAAGAUGCAGGCGUAUAACAGCUUGAGUGAAGCUGAAAAAGAGGAGAUAAGAAAGGUGAACAGAGCAGAAAACUACGCGUUACUAGAACGUAUGCGUUCGCUGGCUAAUAAACAUCACUCUUAUCAAGGACCACCGCCUGUAAAUUUACUGGAAAAGCAGUUUUUGCUGAUAACGCGAUCGUGCGUAGAACCUAGCGUGUGCGCCCGCGCAGCGCACAACGUCGAGAAGAAUCGUCUCGGCGGAGUUCUGCCUUCCGACUCAGCUAGGGUUAUGCUAGUCCCUAAACCUGGUGUUGACGGUAGCGAGUAUGUGAACGCGUCAUGGGUGUGCGGGCGACGGCGUCUGCGCGAGUACGCCGUCGCGCAGCACCCGCCGGCCGCCGCCGCGCCUGACCUCUGGCGGCUGCUUUGGGACCACACUGCGCAGCUGGUCUUGGUGCUUACUGACAUGAACGACCCCGAAUGCGAAAUUUUCUGGCCCACUGAGGACGACAAAGAAUUAUUCAUCGCUAAUUUUAAAGCGAGUUUCAUAUCAAAAGAGACUUAUGUUGCGUACCGGAAAUCUGAACGAAAACCACAAACUCCAGUAAUCACACCUCCAGAGCCCGAAACGAAUGGUUUAAGACGACAAGAAAGUGAUUGUGCUGAUGACGAAAGACUUAUACCUGAAAACAGUUCCCCAUUAUCCGAAACUGAACCUCAAUAUCGCUUCGAUAGAACUGAACUACGUUUGGAAAGACUCAGUACAGGGAACAGGGAUUUAUCAGCGCGAAAAUCCAUUGCGAACGGGGACCUAUUCUCGUCAUUAUCCGAAAAGAAAAAUGGUCCAAAGUCACCUAGAAGCCCUUCGAAAAUGUCAUUGAAAAACUUUAAAAUAAGUUCCCCUACGAAGUUCAAAUUCCCGGAGUGGGGUUCCAAGACAGCGGGCUCACCUCCUGAUAUGGCUCCUCCCCCGCCCCCUGUUGCCCCCUCUCUUACCGUUGAAGAAGAAACAGAACUCCGAAGACCAUGUUACACAUUCGAGAAAGUAGACUCCGUGCCAGAAAGCAUACCUUCAGACCGCAUCAUAGAAGUUAUAAAUGUCAGCGUUCAUUCUUUACAAGACGAUUACCAACUAAGCGUGAAGUUUAUCAAAUGUAGUCGAUGGCUUGACGCCAACACGACGGAAUACAAUGCUGGGAAGCCAGAUGAUAAUGAAUUUGUAAAAGCUAUAAGGGAAGCUACGAGUGGGAAUGAGAAGGAAGAUGCCAUAGACCGUUUGAUAGAACCGUACAAGGAUUCGUUCGCCUUGAUUGAGUUUGUUGCUGGCGCACAGAUGGAGUAUAAGAAUGGACCUGUUGUUGUUGUAGACAAGUACGGCGGUUGGAAAGCUAUGAGCUUUUGUACGUUAAGCGCAGCAUGCGGUGGCGCUCGGGAUCCUAACGCGGCCGACCCCUCAGCUGCUUUCCGUCCGCGCAGCGAUGACACCGCCUCACUUUAUUGCUGGGGGGCUUUAGCUGCCCAUGCGAGAUGUGGAACACACCAACAACCGCAUUCGUUGAGCGCCUUAUUGGCCGCGUAUAGUGCUCUGGCUGGCUACGGACCUAUGUUGCCAAGACCGUUGAGGUUAUCAACAGCAUCGCAAGAGUCUCGGUAAUACAACUCUAGUACAAUGAGAGAAUACUCAACGCGUUGUGUGCUCGCCCUUUCCUAUGACCAAGUUAAGGAUGUUACUAAUCCUCAAAACAUCAUACGUAACACUUCGAUCACUUUUUUAGUCGCAUUAUCGAACUUUUUAUACUGUUUCAUUGUAAAGUUUUUUUAUGUAUAGUUCGUAUAAAGAUAAUUACAGUUUGUGGCCAGUAAUAAAACGUUGUUAAAAAGUCAAUAUAAUAGAGUUUUAUAGAAAAUAAUAAAUGAUUUAGCGGCAGUUUCCUUACCGAAUGCGCUUGGAAGUGUUUAAAAUAUUAUAGUAGGAAAAACUGUGCAAUGAAACGAACGUAUUAAAGAAUGUCCUAUAGUAAAGUUACGAUUAUACCGUCAACGUACAGUCACGAAUAUAAACAAUAGAAUUUAUUAUUUUUCGUAGUUUGUUUCACG